AUGGGGGCCAAGACCAGCGUAGCAGCAGCCUCCCCUAGCACCCGCCACACCCCUUUCCCUGGAGAACUGGAGCUUCCACUUGAGGGAUACUCAGCUGGAACAGUGGCAGGGAGUUUUGCUGUCACCCAGCUGCCUGUCGCUGCCUCAGGGCCUGGGUGUUGUCACUUCAAGCCUCUUGGGGGCAGGGACUCACCUAGCCUGGAUCCUGAAGGGGCUUACAUGUUGGAGCUGGUGCCUCGGAGCCUGAGAGUCAUCAGUUCUAGCUCAUUAAUUAAUGAGGGGACCAGAAGAGUGUUACAACUGGUCCAAGGAAUUGCCUAUCUGUUUGCCAAAGCUUAUCUGGUUUCCAAGAAACCACCAUACCUGGACACAUGCAUCCGGUGUGGGGAACGCAUGUGGCAAAAGGGCCUGCUGAAGAAGGGGCUAGGGAUUUGCCAUGGUGUAGUUGGCAGUGCCUAUGUCUUCUUGCUGCUGUACUGGCUCACGGGAAACUCUAAAUACAUCUACCAAACACAAAGGUUUGCUCAAUUCUUAUUUACUGAGGAAUUCAAGACUGGUUCUCGGGUCCUUGAAAGUAUAUACAGCUUGUACGAAGGCUUCUCCGGGACGGUGUGCUUUCUCAUUGAUCUGCUACAGCCCAAACAGGCUGAAUUCCCUCUCUUCAGCGUCUUUGUUUAG